UUUGCACUAUUUUAACCCUUUCGUAGGCGGUGGGAAGCAUUUUUCCCACCGUUCAAAGUGUGUUCUAGGAGUAAUCUAGCGAAAUAUUCUUCAAAGGCAUCGGUGCUGCCAUCUUUUGGAAACAUGACAAUACACUAUUAAAGUGGAAAUAGCCAAAUACGCAUGAUAUGCAACCCAUUAUUUUGCUCGUUUUAUAUGUAAGCACAUGUUUUGACCAUUUUUAUCAUGCAAAUUUUGUGUUUUGAGAAUUAAUCCGAAAACAUCGUUACAAUCAGAUGUGGAAUUUGGAUAAUCCUGAGCACCGACAACAGGCUCUUGACUUUUUCUACAGUCUCCCUGACAAUGAAGAAAAUUCCGAUGAAGAACCGGACGAUGGCGCAAAUGAAGAAAUGGAUCUUCUAGACUUUACAACUUCUGAUACAAGUUACACUAAUUCUCCUCGAAAUUCUUCAACAACUUCAGCUAGGAACGUUACUGUACCCUUGUCGCCAGAACCGGAUAUCGAAUUUUUACACUCGGUAACACCAGAGUUGGUAUCAAUUCAGGAAUCACUCAGUGACGAUGAGGCCCGAGAUAAAGAUAAUGAAAAGCGAUCUUGGUUGCCAAGCUGUGACCAUAUACAUGACAAAAAUAUAGACUUCUGUAAAACUCCUGAACCUGUUGUGCAAAUUUCUGAACACGCUAAAGAAAUUAUUUACUUCAACCAAAUACUAAACGAGGACAUUCUGGAAUUCAUUGUCGACCAAACUAAUUUGUAUGCUUGUCAAGACCUUCCGAGGAAGAGUAACAAGAAGACGGGUCCAGGCCCUUCAAAUAAUUGGGAGAACACUUCCAUAGAAGAGAUCAAAGUUCUUAUAGGAGUUAUGAUAAUAAUGGGAAUACAUCAACUUCCGCAUUUGGGCAAUUAUUGGUCAAGUGAUCCAUUUUUUACAGUUUCGCCAGUGGCACAAGUCAUGCCUUCCAAGAGGUAUAAAAAACUAAUAGAGAAUAUUCAUGUAAAUGACAACACCAAAGUUAUACCAAAGCACGAAUCAGGGUACGACAAAUUACACAAGGUAGGGCCCCUGAUUCAAUGA